AUGGUUCUAAAAAUGCAGCAUGGCCUUAGGGCUGCGCGACGCUGGCGCUGCUGCUGGCGGCGGCUUCCCGGGGGCGCGGAGAUCCUCAGGCGAGAGGCUGAGCCCGCUCCCGCUGGCGGGGCUUACGGAGGAGGCGGACGCAGAGCGGCGGCUCCUGCUGCGGACACAGCGCCGGCUGCAGCCCGGGCCGGCUCAGUCCCCUCGGUCCGGACCAGGCGGAGGAAGCCGAGCACCAGCAAUGGCGGCCCGGAGUUGGAGCAGCUCCGCGCCACUCUGGCGCUCUCCUGGGCAUCCCUAGCUCCAGGUAGCCGGCUACCAGCGGAGGAGUGGCCCUGCCCGGGGCGUUAUUUAUCCCCCCACCCCGUCUUAAGUUCUCAGCGGAGCAGCCCGGCCAGCGCCUCCCGCCUUCAGCCCCUUCCCAAAGCUGCCAAAGGGUGGGGACGGCGGGUGGCGAGGUCGGUGGCCGGCCAGGCCAUGGAGAGCCCGGCAGAGAACCCCAGCAAGGCGGCGGGGUACCUGAAGGAGCUGAACAAGAUCAUCGAGACGCAGCAGGAGCUGCUGGAGAAGCAGAAGCGGAGGAUCGACGAGCUGGAGCAGCAAGUGUCCAAGUUAUACCACGAAAACGCCUGCCUGCAGGACGAGCAUCACAGACACCUGGCCACAUGCAGGCUGCAACAGGGCAUCCUCCCUGCGUACCCGGCGGGGCCAGGGCUGGCGAUUCUGGGGGCCAUCCAGGAAAAUGCACAGCACGAAAAGUCCGAAGGUGAAAGCUCAAGAAGCAUCAG